AUGGCGACCAAACAGUCGGAAGUGCCCAAUUUCACCCUCAGCGAUUAUGUCAAGUUCUUUGGCGCAGGCGCCCUCGCUGCUACGUCUACUCAUGGUGCUGUAACGCCAAUUGAUGUCGUCAAGACUCGAAUCCAGGUCGACGAUGCCUUGAAGGGAUACAACAUGCUGUCGGCCGGUCGCAGCAUCGUCGCCAAGGAGGGCGCUUCAGCGCUGUUGACUGGCUUUGGCCCCACGGCUGUCGGUUACCUCGUCCAGGGCGGUGCCAAGUUCGCUGGCUACGAAUACUUCAAGAAGAAGUACAUCUCCAUGCUUGGAGGUCCCGAGAAGGCUGUCAACCACCGAACAGGCGUUUAUCUUACUGCCAGUGCAUCGGCCGAGUUCUUCGCUGAUAUUCUCCUCUGCCCGCUCGAAGCUACACGUAUUCGACUCGUUUCAGAAAGAGGAUACGCCAAUGGCCUGUUCUCAGGUUUCGCAAGAAUGGCCCGCGAGGAGGGCUUCAAGGGCUUCUACUCGGGUUUCGUGCCGCUCUUAUUCAAGCAGAUCCCUUUCGCUGUUGGUCAAUUCUCCGUUCACGAAGCCGUCAACGAAGUCAUCUUCCGCGCCAUGGGUCCUGAGCGCAAGGAGAAGCUCACACAACUCGAGUUGACAGGAGUAGAGUUGACCUCUGGUGUCACUGCCGGUGCUGCAGCUGCGGUGCUUUCUCAUCCUGCGGAUACCCUUUUGUCCGCCAUCAACAAGGGCGCUGGCGAUAAGAGUCAGGGUGCAACAAGUCGCAUGUUCCAGCUUGCCCGAGAAUUCGGACCAAAGAGAUUGCUUCUCACUGGACUUGGACCUCGUAUCGUCAUGACAUGCGGUCUUGUGGGUGCGCAAUUCGUGGUGUACGCGCAAUGCAAGGCGUUUACAGGAGCACCACCCGGUAUUGAGAUCCACAAGGAGGAGUCGCUAUAG